CCCGUAUGAAAUUUUAUUUUCUCUCCCCUCUUUGACUCGGCCUGAUUCCAUUCCGAUCCCUUUCGCAACUUCUUUCAAGUAUCGCUAUCUCCCUUGAUUCAACGACCUUAUUCACUUCUACAAAACGAUUCCGCCGAUUCAUCCACUACUGCGCGAUGGAGAGCUCAGAAGUACCUAAUCGACACGACAAUAACUCGAACUCUAUGUUCGUCCUGGAGAACUUGUGGCCAAGCAGCAAAAGUCUUCCUGCCACGUCGGAUGUGGCUUUUUCGAUCCCAAACGCCACAAACGCUGCCGCCAAUCAACACCAGGGAGAUUACGAUCCUCCAGGCUUUCUCAAGCCUUUCGAAGCUGGCCAUUCAUCGACGGUGGGAGCUGAUCCUGGGCACGAUGGUCACUUCAACUCCGUCGGCCUUGCCAGCUUUGAAUCCUAUAACACGUUCCUUAACGAGCUACCGACGACCAUUAACUCACAACCGUGGGAAAACAGUAGCUCCUUCUCUCAACCCGGAGGACAUGGACAGGACUUUCUUGACAACCCUUUGACUGGAUUUUCAAACGAAACUGUGGUCCUUGAGAACCUAUCAUAUGGAUUCCCGAGCUCCCACAUGCCAGACAUGGGUGGAUAUACCAUGGGCAGCAAUAGCGCGGGACUCGUUCCAGCCCAUCAGAGCAGAGCCUCAGCCUUGUUUGCUCAACCAAGUCAGCUGCCACUCGCCCCGUUGCCAGCUACCAGCGCUGCUGACUCCAAGGAGGACCGUAUUCCUUGCACUGCCCCUGGCUGCCGCAAAAGCUUCCGCCGCCCAGGAGACUUCCGGAGGCACCUCAAAAUACACGGCGACCCAGACUUUCGCUGUAUUAUCAAGAAAUGUCCGAAGACUUUCACUCGUCUCGAUAAGCUCAGGGAUCACGCCAAAGUUCAUGGGAUCAAACUUUGA